CACAUGGGGGAUCUUUGUCUUUUGAUGGGGAGCGAUUGGUGGCGCUGCGCUACGGGCCCAGAAACCCAAAUUCAGUUCCCGCUCACGGCCAGCGAACAGUGACGAUUCGGUCUCAAACGAGUACCCGAUGCGAUCUGCGAACAGCAGCAUUGGGGCGAGGCGGCCGGGCGUGGUGGUGAUGAUGCGCGCUCACAGCACUCGCCCCAACAAACUGCGCUCUGUGUCGACAGUAUUUUAUUUGAGCAGGUAUCCGCCUCCUCCUGCUCCUCACACACGACAGGGGCGGAUAUCCGCUCUUGCACUCGUUGAGUGGUGAGUUCAUCCCAGUUGGUGGCGGUUUACACCACGCAUAGGAACCGACGUUAGGGCCAGAGCCGAAACGUCGUAGGUCAGGGUGGGUGGGUGACUCAGGUGGCCCCUGCCACCCACGCUAAGGGCGCUGACAUCUUCUCCCUGGCAGGGUCGACGUUGGCAUCGCCACCCAUCCACAGCACGCGUUGUGAGUUGGUGGAUUGUGUGUAUGUACGUGUGUGUGUAUGUACGUGUGUAAGUUGAACCUCUUUCGCACCGUACGUUGACAACCGUGCUAAUCGGAGGUGCGGCGUAAGGACUGCAAACUAAACACAAACCACAACUAUUACACGCCUCAAAGACAAACACCCUAUUAUAGCUUUAUUAGACUUGGGACAAGUGCUUUAAGCAACCAUACAAAGACACCCCAUAUAGCCUCAACAAGACUGUAGGGGCAAGUGCUGUAAGCGACCGUAUAAAGACAAAGGUACCCUCAUAUAUAGCCUCAUCAAACUGUAGGGGCAAGUGCUGUUAGCACACACGCCAAGCUGGGCAUGAGCCCAAGCGCGCGCUGCUGCUCGUGAUGAACUCGCCCUUGAUGCUGCUGCUAAUGAUGAUGACGAUUUCGCUGAUUAUGAUAAUGACGAUGACGUAGCUGAUGACGCUGCGUGUUUUCUCCAUCCAAUGCGGCGGUCGCGUUGAGUCGCGUGACUCGCAGCGCGCGCGCCCAGGCGGGGGAAUUCCCUCGCGCGGUGACGUCACUUCUCGGUCGCGCGCGGUGACGUCACUUCGCUCUUCCUCCUCCUCCUCCUCGUCCAUCGUUCCUCUUCAGUCGACUCGAACUGCCGCGCGCAAGCAUCUCCCGCACAUUGAGCUUUGUGCUGGACAGCCUCUGGACAGCCUCUGGACGACAGCUCUCUGGACAGCCUCUGGACAGCCUCUGGACGACAGCUCUCUGGACAGCCUGUGGACGACAGCUCUCUGGACAGCUUUCCCACCGAGCAGGGCGCGUAUCCCGCAACCCGCUGUGAGACCGCGACGUCAGCCACUCCGUGCUUGGAACGGAGCACCGGCCCCGCGUAUUGCCGAUUGCAGUUUGCCCGAGGACUUGGAGGAAAUGGAUUUUCAGAGGAAUCUGAAACAACAGAAGACGAUGGAAGUGAUGAACGACGACAGGCGGCGCUUUGUCAGGUCUGCGGGCAAGUUCAUCAUGGUGGUCUACACCUAUGGCCGGCAAGAAGUUCAGAAGGGGAGGCUGAACAAACAAGACUUCCGUUCGUAUCUCAAUGAGAUUGUUCACUGCAUCUUCUUCCUGGGACAACUGCAGCAGCCGAGCGUGGACCCAGAGCGCAUGUUCCCCAACCAGCGGGCUCUGUCCGCGAUGCGCUCACUCACGGCCUUCACCAUGUUCCGCUCGCGCACUCCCAAGAGGAUGCCGGGCUCCGUGCUCCUCCAGAUGGUGGAGCAAAUCGAGGGCUCCCACAGCAAGCAGGAGAUCCUCAAGACACUGGCCUUGCUUGCCACCAACAUGCUGGUCAAUGAUGCGGGCGGCGGUGGCGGUGAAGAUGACAGUGAUGGUGGCGAUGACGGCAGCGGCGGUGUCGCUGUCCUCAACGUCUUGAGGGCGCCUCUAUAGGGAACCUUCGGCACAAUGCCGCUCGCGCCACGCGGGUGCUGGGCCGCCUCUUCCACCUGAACCCCCUCGUGGUCAGCGCCAUGUACGGCACCCGGGGGGAGUCGUGUUUCCUGGUGUUCCACCGGGGUAUCCGCUGCACGUGCUACACCUAUCACGUGGAAGGCGGCUGCGUGCACUUCCGCCCAGAUGCUACGAUGGCUGCUGCACGUUAUUGGACGGGGUUCACGCGCGGCGCGUUGUCGUGCGGGUGGCCAGUGCCGGGCAUGACAAGAGAUGAUUGGGCGGCUUGCGAGGCGUUAAGUAAGCUGCUGGCGCUGCCCGACUGCCAAAUCGGCGUGACACGUCUGGGGAAGCCGGCGUCCAGGCAGGGAGAGACGGAGCUAUCUCUCAACGCUCUCGUAGGCAAUAGUGUCAGUGACAACGAAUCUCUGGUGCCCUUCGACCCAUCCGCUCCGCUCUAGCCAGCGGUGUCACUCGCAAACGGAAUCCGAAUCUUUAUUUAUCCUGGAGAAAUCCGAUGAGCUUCAUUGUCCAUUGGAUUUCUGAAGGAUGAGCUUCAUAGCUCGUUGGAUUUCUCCGGGAAAAAUUAAGAUUCUACUUUCACUUAACAUUGUUUUUUAAGCUUUGCGUUAUAUGUCACGUAAAUAAUUUAAUUGUACCUGAUAUGAUAUGUGAUACUAAAACAAUGUUGUUUUAUAUAUAGCGUGAUGAUGCGGAUGAUAUUUAAAGAUAUGUCCGUCUAUUCAUUCUAUUCAUGCAAUCGCAGACAGGCCAUGAGGCAGCCAGCCAUAAGUCUGCGCUGUCUACUGCCCAAGCUCUGCGGUUCUUAGUAAACAUAUUCAGAUGUUUUCAGCCACUUGAUGUUAUACAUUAUGUAUAAACACAAGGCCUGAAUGCACACGUUGGAUAUGUAAGGUGCUGGUUGUGUCAAUGCAUUUUAUAUGUUUUAAUGCAUUUUGACCGUCAGUGCUCAUCUUUCGAUUUAAAGCUUUCGUGACUGCAAGGAUUCAUCUUCUUUGGUUCUUUCGGUAAAGUCACGUAGAAUGAGAAUAAAAUAAUAAAUUGAUAAAAUAAAC